UGAUCUUAAAAAAAAAAGAUAGGAAGAGUAGUUAACAUAACAAACUCUUAACAAACUUACCUCUAAUAGUAUUGGCCGCUUUAGGCCAUGUAUGAGCUCUUACUAUUUUGUCAUUUGUAAGUAGAUGUAUAAUACGGUUGAGAAGUGUAGGUGUUGUUUAUAACACAAGGUAUCAGAAUAAUGUUCAAAAUGUAUUUGCAUAGUGCACUAAGAUGUGUGAAAAAAAAGAAAAAAAAAACUUAUUCUUCAAAUUAUUCUUUUUUUUUAAAAAAAAAUAAUUUGUGCAGGCAUUAUAUGCAAGUUGGGAGCCAAGGUAUUGUAGGUACCGUAAAAAAUUUCCAUGGCAACAAUAUGUAGAAGUUGGAACUGUUCUUUGACAAUUCAGACACCAGAAACAAUUCGAGUCAAGUUCAAGGACCCUUGCAUAAGGCUGGCAGCAGAAGUUUCAAAAGUGUUGAUAGAACUUGCCAACAGCAUAAAGAAUCGACGCCAUUGCUCACCAGAAAUUCUUUCUGAUUAUCUUCAUGAAGCAUUGGAAGAGCUCGACGCUGCUAUAAAAUAUCAUCUGCGACUCUUCUUAGGCUCUAAUGAAAUUCAAGCAAAUAAGCCCGCCCCCGCCAUAGCUGCUACUACACAAGCAGGAACUAUAAGACAGAAGGUGUUGGAGAGGAGCCAGACGAGUAAAAUGGCUAUCAAUAGUCUUCAUUUUUCUGAAGCAUUGCCUUUUGCUUUAAAAAAAUAA